AUGUCUCAAAAUCGGAGGUUGGUUUUUAAAACAAAAAUUUUGUCAGGGAAAAAUAACCGGUAUACAAUUUUGUUGACAUAAAAAUAUUGCAAAUAUGGAAACAGUCUUCUCGAGUUUUUUUUAAAUAAAUUAAAAAUGAUGUUUGAGUGAAAGUUUUAUGAUUUCUCGCUCCAGAAAACAUUGAUAGCUGUACAUUUUUUUCUAGACACAUAUUUUGUUAAUUAACAUUUUGCUUAUCAUUUUUCAAAAAUUUCAAAAUUUAUUGCGAAAUUUCUAAUUUUCGCCACGCUUUUUCUUUCCUUUCCCCUAGAAAAAAUGCAAAAUUGAAAAGUGAGCCCAUUUAGGGAACGUAUUUUGUUAUUUUGUCUUGUUUCGGUCUCGAAUGUCCUUCGGUUUUGUUUUCGUUUUGUUGUUGUUCCACUAGAGAAAAGGGGUGAAAAUAGACAUAGAGUAGAGAGAUGAAAAAGAAAAACGAGGACGGCCGGAGCUUUUCAUCGAUUUUUUUGGUCGGCGCGCACAUACAUCUCGUUUGAAUUCAAUUUUUCAUCAUCAUUAUUAUUAUUAUUAUUAACCUUAUUCUCAUUUUUACUCAAAAUUUAUCAUAUCUUAUCAAAUUAAAAAAUUUCGGAGUUCUCAAAAGUUUAAAUUUUUCAGAAUGAGCAACGUUGGUGAGCAAAUGUCGAAAGCGGCUGAAAGUGCGCGAGAAACUGUGGCGAAGGUCGGCGAAUCGGUUACCGACUUCUUUCAAGGAAACCCUUUCACAACGCCGGUCGGCAAAAAAAUUGGUGCGUUUUGGGUGUUCUUGGGUGGUCUAUUGGUUUUACUGCGCAUCUUUUGAUGUCUUCGGAUGUGCCGCUUUAUGAAUGAAGGAUUAGAACAAAUAGGCAAUUGCGUUUUGAGAACUUUGGAAGAAAAUGGUUUUAUUUUGAGGGGAUUUCCUGGCAAUUAUUUUGUGGUUAUAAGAAAUCUAUAGAUUUUUUUCCAAAAAAUCCAGAGUUCGUAUAUAUUUUCAAACAUGUAUUUCACAACUUCUUUUUUUACAAAAAAAAGUUCUGAUAACGCUGUCAUGGCAACGUAUUUUUCCCAAAACUAAAACCGUAUAGUGGAAUAAUAUAAUUCAGCCGUCCAUUUUCUGCUAAAAAUAUAAUUAAGCGAUGAAAAAACCAAAAGCAUAAUUGUUCUGGUUAUAACGCAAUCCACUUAUUCCGUUCUAAAAACUUCUACAUUUUCAUCCAUUCAAAACGUAAAGAGGAAGAAAAUAUGUUGAAAUAACCGGUUCUUCGAUUCAGGACAUGAAUUGAAUGACACGUCGACUUCUGUGUAUGUGUGUGAAAAAUAACAAAACAAAAAAAAGAUGAUGAGAUGAGAUGUGGUUAGAAUUGGGGUUAGAAAAAUGUCAGGAUAUUUCGGUUUUGAGGGACAAAAAUAAAACAAGAGAAAUAGAGAGAGAUAAGUUUUUUAUUUUCAGAACUCGCCACUGAUGCCAAACUUCUUGCUACUGAAAAUUGGGGAUUGAAUAUGGAAAUCUGUGAUUUCAUCAACAGCCAUGAAGACGGGUAAGAUUUUUUGAUUUAUUCACGAAACAUAGAACAUUUAGACUUCAGAAGACACUCUAUGGGUAACAUUUUAACUAAAAAAAAUAGGGUUCUGGAAAAAACUUCAGAAUAUCAAAAAUCAAAAAUAGCUUGUUUCCAUUAUAAAAAAAUAGAGAUCUGAAUAAUUAGGAAACCAUCUCAAAUUUCAGACCACGCGACGCAAUCCGUGCAAUCAAAAAACGUCUUCAUUCAUCAAUGUCCAAAAACAAUGCAAUCGUUAUGUACACGUUGACAGUUCUUGAAACCGCCGUCAAAAACUGUGAUGGUCAAUUCCACGAACUUGUCUGCAACAAAGACUUCAUCCUUGAUUUUGUUCGUCUUGUUGGCCCAAAAUACGAUGCUCCACCAAUUGUUCAAGAAAGAGUUUUAGGAUUGGUGCAAGCGUGGGCUGAUGCAUUCAAAAAUGAUCCAAGAUUGAAUGGAGUUGUUCAAGUUUAUGAAGAUUUGAAAGCAAAGGGAGUUGAAUUCCCAGCUGCUGAUUUGGAUAGCUUGGCACCAAUCAAAACACCGAAAAGAGUGAGUAUUUGAAUGGAAUUUAUUGAUGUUGUAUUGUGUAUUGUGUUGUAAUUUUUUAGACAGUAUUCACUCAACCAUCUCCAUCGAUUUACGAGCCACCACCAGUGACGACACCAUCGGUAUUGUGUUUGUGAAAUUUUUGAGUAUAAGAAAAAAGUCUUCGGAGAUUAUUGGAAAAUUAUAAUUAUUUCAAGAUUUUUAGUCAUUUUCAAAUCGUUUUGAACAGAACCCCAGCUAACCUUUCUUGAUUUUCAGACAUACGAUGUUCUCACAAUCCGUGAACAAGGUCAAGAGCCAAUCGUUGCCACUGCUGAACAACUCACCAAACUCCGAUCCGAUCUCGAUGUUGUCAACCAAAACAUCAAAGUCUUCCGUGAAACUCUCACUGGAAUUGUUCCCCGUCAAGAAACCGCUGAAGAACUUCAACUUCUCACUGAUCUUCAUACAACUUGCAAACAAAUGCAAGCACGGAUUUUGGAUUUGAUCAAAUAUGUGAGCAAUGAGGAAGUCACUUGUGAGUCUUGAAGAAAGCCUUGAUUUCAAGUGAAGAAUUUUAAUCGUUCCAGAUGAAUUGCUCAUGGUCAAUGAUUCGUUCAACAGUGUUUUUGAAAAGUACGACAGAUUUAUCGCAAAUCGCGAGAAUCCUAGUCAAAAUUUGAUUGAUAUUGGAGAAGAUCAACCACUCGCACAGCAACUUGCACAAAUGAGUGAGUUUCUUGUAAAUCACACGAGCAAAACUGAUAUCUGAAAAUUUCAGAAGUCACUGCCGCUAGUGCCGCCAAUGGAGCCACCAGCUCAGCAACUCAAGAUGCAUACAAAGCCAACGCUGAACCUCAAACAGAUGUUGGUUUGGCGACUGCUGUAAAUAAUAAAAUUCCAUCUGAAACUGAAGCUGCUGAAAUGGAACAAUGGUUGGAAACUCAAAAAGAGACUAGUGAGUUAACUUGUUUUUUGGAAGUGGUAUACUAACUGAAUUAUAUUUUCAGAACCAUCGGAGAACGAUAAGCUUUGA